AUGCCGGUCCUUACGCGCUCGGAGCAGGAAGCCCUUGUCGACGCCAUCGACAGCAACGACGCCAUCAAGCUGGCUCGACUUGCUACGACCCCUGAGCUGGCUUGCACGAUCCUCGACCUCGUCCGCUCGCUAGCCGUGCUUCAGGACGAUGCGCGCUACGAUCCACCUGGACCCAAGAUGCGAGACUUUCUCACGACGUGCAAUGGUUGGCCGCCUGCGCCUGCCGCCAGUCGCCCUUCGAAGGCGACCAAGAUGGCUGCGGCGACCAGCAUCCUUCGUGCGCUAGAUGGGUUGUUUGAUCACGACCAGAGGCGCGAUUCGCCAUCGGAGGGUGGGUCUGCACCAUCAGCGGGGGAAGUUCGAGCGAUGCUAUCCAAGGUCGAACAGCCGCGGGAUGACGAUGAGCGACCUCGUCAGAAACGUCGACUCACCCUCACAGCCGCAUCCUCCUCGUCUCUGCUGGUUCGCUCCCCGUCUCCCACACCUCCCGCUACCUCCACCCCGACUGAAAUGCACAUCGACCCAAAAUUCGGCGCUCGACUAGGUACAACCCUCUGCUACUCUGCCGACUACAUCACUCCGACACAGUUCCACCAGCAGUCCUUCGUCAAAAUACACAAUGCUCUCACAAUCGGCAAUGCACAGCGCACCAACAUGGUGGUGAAAAUCCUCAAGACGAGCACCUCUUCUGCCGCAUCCGCCACGCAGUACCGCGUGAUCCACGUCGAUGUUGGUGACGGCGAAACCACCACCCUCCGCGCCUACCGCGGCAGCUCGCUCUUCCAGCACAAGCUGCACCCGGGUGACAUCGUCGAGCUCCGACGCGUCGGCGUGCUGGUGGUCAACAAAAGGGACGCGGUUCGGUGCGAUGAGCAUUCGUCCCACUGUCGGUUCCCCGAGGAGAUCAGGCCGCGUUGGGAACAGGUAGGGCAGUGGCACGACUGGAUGGACGCCCAUCGCAGGUAG